AUUUUAAAACAGCAGAUAAUUAUAUUAAAGAGUAAUUUGGCACGCAGUAACUAUCAUGGCGGGUAAACAAUGACAACAAAUCGGCCGAAAGAACUUUACAAGCUAAGAAACUUCAUUUUUAAUUGAGGAUAUGACAUAGACGCAAAGCUGCCGCCUACUACAAUGAAGAAGACUCCAUCCAGGGGAGGGCAGUCAAAUCUUCCAGUCCCUAAGACAUCAAGAGGCUCCCCUGGAAGUUCUAAAUCUGUUUUGAAUGGAAGAGGAAGCCAUUCACGAUCUUCAGAAGACAUACCACGACAUGUGCAACUAAGUUAUGGAAUUGGAGGGACAAAAUCACCACAGAGGAGAGCCAUUUCACCUGGAAAUGAAGCCAGGUUCACUGUGGCAGAUCAAGGUCAGCAAAGUGGUGUACGCUAUAUUACAGAGGACCUUAUCAGAAAGAUUGCCAAAGAGGACCAGAUCGAGAUGAUAACCAAUCUGAACCUUACCCUAGCCAAAGAGGGAGGAAAGAAAAUAAAGUACAUAGAGAACCUGGAUAAGCUGAAGAGACUCACAGUGCUUAAUCUCAGCUGUAAUAUGAUUGAAAAAAUAGAAAAGAUGGAUAAAUUGUUUAAAUUGAAAGAACUGAACUUGUCUUACAACAACCUUACAAAGAUAGAGGGUUUAGAGAGUAUGACAUCUCUUCAGGUCCUUAAUCUAACCGGGAACCAGAUACAACAUAUACCUAUCUGGAUGGGACGGAAGUUUAGAGCACUCAGAACACUUCAUAUAGGCAAAAAUAAUAUGGAGUCGCUGAGUGAGUUAGCCAAACUUAAACCAAUACCAGAUUUGACACAGUUAACAGUUGCAGAGAACCCACUCUCACAGCUACCCCAUAGUAGAAUGUAUAUUAUAUUUCAUAUCAGAUGUCUAGAGACCCUAGAUAGUCAAAAUGUCACUGAACAAGAGAGACAAUAUGCUAAAGAUAGGUUUGAACAAGAUGAGGUAGAAAGACUUGAGAAACAACUUGAACAAGAGGAAACUAAAAUCAAAAAGCUGACAGCAGACAAAAACAAAUCUGUUCAAGAAUCCUCCUUCCUCAAGGGAACAGAGGAGGAAAUGAAGAAAAGAGAAAGAAUGUAUAUGGAAAGAAUGCAGGAAAUGGAAAAAGAAUUAGAAACAAAAAAUGGCUUGCUUUCUAAGAAGACAAAAGAGUUAAACAAAGCUUGUGAGAAGCAUUAUCAGCUGGAACAAGAACUAGCCUUCCAUAAGAUUGAUUCAAAGUUUGAUAGUCUUGGGAAGAGUCCUCAAAGAUAUCAUGAUGAUGACGACAGUGGACAGCUGGAUGAGAGUCCAUAUUUAGGACGAGCUAGAUUUAAAGCUAAUCAGUUUUCUAGGGACGGGAGUAUUGGUGGAUCUCCGGGACAGAAAGUCACUGUACAUAGUUUUGGAGAAUCUGCUUCACCACAGAGAGCUCAAGUCAUAGAACAAAUGGCUACACAUUUAGACCAAGAACUGUCUGAAAAACAGGAUAGAGUUAGCAAAAACCCAACUGUUGCAGCCACUGAGGAAAGACUUAAACGCUUACAAGAUGACAUGCAGAAAACAGAGACAAAGCUUUUACAAGCUACCAAAGAUCUGAAACGCAUGGGGGACAUUGGAGAUAAAGAUGAUGUCAAAGUUCAAGUCAGACAGAGGCUGGCUAAAAAAAUGCAGUUGGUAAAUGAAUUGAAAGAUAGUGCUACUCAAAUAGAAGAUGAAAUACAGAAAACGCAAAAUACUGUGCACAAAAAUAAAGUAGAUGUUGCAAGAUUGAAAGGACAGCUUGAUGCUCUUGAUACUAAAGAUCCUAAAUAUCGCAAAAUGUAUGCAGAAAUGGUUGACAAGGAACAGCAGAUCAGUGAAAGUAAUCAAAUGUAUGGCCAGUUACAAACUCAGCUAGAGGUUAUGUUAGAUACCAUCGCCAAAGAAACAGAUGAUAUCAAAAAGCUGGAAACACAAUUAAAUGAUGAUCGAAUUGAUGCCAAUGACAACCUAAGACAAGAAUUAGAUGAAAUAGUCGGUGGAUUACAGGGUUAUUUGGCCAAUGUGAAAAAUCAGGGAAUGAAACGACAAAGAGACUAUGAAUCGGUGUUAGGUGAAAAAGCUGUUCUUCAACAGAAAGUUGGGAAACUAGAACAAGAGUUGGCAAUAUUGGACACUGAGGCCAAACGGUUCAAAGAAAUGGAAAAGCGAUUGGGAGAAAUGGAAUUAACCCUUCAGAAUCAAGAAGAUAUGAAUCGAUCAUUAGAAGACCAGUUACACAAAACACGACAUUUAGACGCUGAACAUCAAGAUAGGAUGGAAAAUACACAUAAGGAAUUAAGUGAUCUGAAACGACAAUUGAAAGAAUCAGAAAAACGUGCUCAGAAUGAGAGAAUGGUAAUGGAAUCACAGAUGGUUGCAGAGAAAGCCAAGACUCAGGAAACUUCUAGACAGACUCAUACAUUGCAGGCCAGAGAAGAAGAAAACAGAAGACUUGCACAGCUGCUGGAGCAAUCCAAAUCCACAAACGCUGCACUGAAAGAUCAGUUGUCUGAGGAAAGACAUAAACAGAAUGACAGUGUUCCCCUAGGACACUUACGGAAGAGGUUAAAGGAUUUAUCACAGACAGUCAAAUCAGGCAAAAGUCCCAUAUCUCCACUUGAUGAUCGAGAUGUACUAGGAAAGACCUUCAAAGAUUUACAACUACAUCUACAAGACAAAUUAAACAGGAGCUUCAGGGAUAAUGAGGACAAGAGAAGAAAUGCUGAAAAGACUGAACUGGAGAUUCAAGCUCUGAAAGAUAACUUGAAGAAAGCUGAAAAUAAGUUAGCCAGGAAAAAUGAAAAGGACAAAGAUAAAGAUUCUAAGUUGCUUGCUGAUAGUAAAAAUAAUGCAGAGGAAGUUAAAAGGCUGACAGGUGAACUAAAUAAACUAAAGGCAAAACUAAAAGAUACACAGGAAAGAGCAUUACAGGGAAAACCAGUUACACGUGUAGUGUAUAGACCUGAAUCAGAAGAUGAUAGGAGUUCACUAAACUCAGAAGAGAAACAUUUGUAUGAUGAACUUCAGCGAGAACUGAUGGACCUACGAAGGGGGAUGAGGACAAAAGAAAAAGAAAAUACUAAAAGGCUCACAUCAGCAGAAAAUGAAGUUGCUGAGUUAAACAAAGCUUUAGAAGAUCAAGAACAACAGUUUGAAGAUGAAUUAUCCAGAGUGAAAGAGGAAGCAGAAUUACAAAGGGAGGCAGCUGAAGCCAGACUUCAUGUGAUUGCUCAAGAUUUAGACCAGGCUCAGAAUACUGCUGAUCAUUUAGGACAAAUCCUAGAUGACAGAGACCAACAUUUACAGCAUGAGUUGAAAAAUUCAGAUAUGAACAACCAGAUGAUAAGCGGUUAUGCUUCAAAGGAUGUGGCCCAGGAAAUGGAGUUAUCAAAGUUAUAUGAGAUUUUAGAAGCUCAAAGAGAUGAAAUAGAACACCUCAACAGUUUAUUGGAUCAGCUUUCUAUGCAAAACAAUGGGCAAGGAGGACCUCUGGUGGAUGAUGAGAUGUGGAAACUGAGACAAGAUGUCAACAAACUGAAGGAGACAUUAGCUAUGCAGUCAGCAUACAUACAGACAAUGCCACAGUUGGCUAGCUCUACAGGCACUCAGGCUCACUUUGAUAUGGCAUCUGGUCCUGGCUCCAAACCGGGGGUAACUCAAUACCAUGGACAAGCUUCAGGACCACUAGGAAGGCCUGGACUCUCUCGACAUUUCGGACCUCCAAUGUCAGUACCACCUAACAUGCCAGGAAGAUCAGCAAUGGGAACAUCAUAUGCUCCACCAGGAGGCUCUGUUAUACCUGGUGCAUAUGGCCCACCAGGUGGCUCUGUUGUUCCAGGAGCAUAUGGCCCCACAGGUGGUGCUGCUGUUUCUGGAGGUUAUGGAGCUGGGGCUGAAAAUAGAGGUGCAAGAACACCCCCUGGUGUUUAUCCAUCAGAUGGAAGGUCAAGGUCAGGAGAAAGAUACCCAACAUAUGGCAAUCCUGUGAAAAGAACUUCAGGUGAAGCAGCUGAACCUGACAACCAAAGUGCUAGAAGUGGUCGUAGUGGUCGCAGUGGACGUGGCCAUAGUGGCAGAGAUAAACAUAGGCGAAGUAAUUCAGCUCCAAAAACUGCAUUUGAACCAGUACAUAGACCUGUAGCUUAUAACCCAGUGACUGGAUCAACUCAGACUAGGGCCCCACCUGCACCAGGUAUCAAUUCUUUUGGAAGUCCAACCAGAGGCAUUGUAGGAGCAAGUGCUCCCAUGGGCUUUUCACACUCUGGUGUUGGACCUUCAGCAGGACAUCACCCUGGUGGCUAUGGCCCAGGAGUAGGAUAUGGAUCCACACAAACUCCUGGUUAUGCAGGAACACAGACUGCUGGACCAACUGUUGGUAUGAUGAUGCCACCUGGUGUACCCAAUUACAGACCUAUGACAGGUGCUCCAGCACAUACCUUAGGAUACAAAUCUGGGCGAGCAUUCUUACCAGCUUACUCCACAUCACCUGAGCGUCCAGCAGGCAGAGUGUACUACCAAUCAAGUGGUGGCAUACCAAUGCCCCCUCCACCACCACCGCCACCACCAAUGCCACAGUAUGGAUCACCUGGUCCCCGUGUAUCGUACCUUCCUGUUAGUCCUAUAGCAUCAGGGACACCAUUAUCUAGAAGAAGUGCUAUGAAUGAAGGAUCACUAACAUAUCCACCAAGUCCUAUAGUGGCAGGAUCGGUAGAUAUGUCAACUGGACAGCCCCGAGGGAUCUUAAAGAGUCCAGCCACAGGAUCGGAUGAUAGUUAUUUAUUCUGUAAUGUUCCAGAGCAUCAUGAUUUAGAAGAUUAUAUUGCAGAGUUACAAGACAAAGUAAAAAGAUUAAAGGCCAAAUAUUUGAAGAAUCAGGCUGCACAGGAGGAAGAAGAGGUUGAUGAUGAACACAGGUUGAUUAGAAGAUUGAGGGGAGAACUUGAGGAGAGACGUGAUGAACUGGAAGGUUUAGAUCUAGCAAUAGAGAGACAGAAAAAGAAUUUAAAAGAUUUACGGAAAGAAGAGAAAAAUCUGAAUCAUGAGAGACAGUCAGCAAGGGAAGAACUGGAAUUCAUGAGUAAAGAAAAAAGAAAAAGACGACCUAAAAUUAUAGUGGAUGAUGACUCCUCAGAUGAUUCCUUAAGUGAAGGUCUGAAAGCCAGCCGUAGAAAUUACCUGAAAGAUGAGAUCAAUGCUCUGGAGAGGACAUUGGGUAAAAGGCGAGGUCAGUUAAAGAAUGCUGACCGACUCCUUAAAACAUGUAACACCGAUCUAAUUGAUGCAAGGGAACAGGCAAAAGAUACAGUGAGUAAGUUUGAUAAUGCUGCUUCUGGUCUUGAAACAACAGUAAAAGAAAAAGAUGAGUUAGAAAGGCGAGCCAAUCUAGCAGCUCUCGACUUAAUAAAGGCUCAGGAACAACUUGGUGGAAUUAGAUCAGAACUCCGGGAUAUUGAAAGAAAACGUAACAAACAGGAUAGAUUGUUACGGGAUGUUAAUCAGGUUAUAAAUAAAAGAGAUGGGGAAUACAAGGAUGUUGACGGUAGAGUUCGUGCAGCUACAGAAAAUUUAAGAAGAUUACAUGAUGAAAUAAAUUCAGCAACUCAGAGAGAGAAAGAUACACUUUCAGCCCUCCGUGAUGCAGAAGAUGUUCUCGGCAAACGGCGGUCAGACAUACAACGUAUGCGAGACCAGAUUGAAUCACAAAAGAGAGAAUUAGAAAAGGUUGACCAGCUGAUGGGUAAAAAGAGAACUGAGUUACACUUACUACAAGACACAGCUGAGAGGAAACAGUCAGAGUUAGCUUCAGUGUUAAGAGAGGCUGAUGCAGAAGCAACUGCAAAACAGAGAGAAUUAAGGGAAUUGAAAGAGUAUUUGCGAGACCUGGAAUCUCAGAAAAAUGAUCUUAUAUCUCACAUGAAAACAAAACGCAAUGAACUCAAUAAAUUAAAGGAAGCUGUAGAAACAGAGGAUGAAGUGUUACAAAAACUUGUUAGUUCUGUGAAUAAACAUAAAACUGAAUUAAAGCAUACAUAUGAAAUGCAACGACUGGAAAAUGGUGAAUUAGAUAGUUUAAAAACCCAGCAUGCACAGAAGUUAGCAGAAUUAGAAAGAACGCAAAGGGAAUUGACAGAGGAAAAGUCAGAGUUAGAACAAUUGAAUGCAGAAACAAGUAGAAAGUCAGCAGAGGUUGAGAGAUUACGACAGGCACUAGACCGUGACAGACAGGAAGUGGAAAGAUUAACACUAGAGAAACAGUCAUUAGAAGACAGGGUAGCAGCUAUGAAUAGGGAGAGAGAUUUAUUAGAUGAUUCAUGUAAAGAUAUGGAUAAUAAAAUGAUAAUGAUGAAAAGAAAUCAUCAGGCAUUGGAAGAAAAGAUAGAAGUAACCAGCAGACGGUCAGAAAAACUAGAAAUAGAACUGAGACAGAGAGAAAAAGAAAUGGAUGAAGCUAAUCAUCAGAGAACAGCAUUACAGAAAGAGGUUCAACAAUUAAAACUGGCUUGUAAAGAAUGCAGAAGUGAAGUAAAGUCAUUGAAAGAGAACAUUCGAGAUUCAGAUGACAGAUAUGAAAGUUUACAAACGGAUUUGAAAGAUACUUAUAUGAAAAGAGAUGAAGCUAAAUUGGAAUAUGAAAGAUUAAAUGAAGGAAUACGCCAAAGUCGCCUGGCUCAUGAUGACUAUUUACGACAAGAAAAAUCAAAACAACUAGAGUUACAGGACUUGUUAAAGAAUGUCAACAACAAACAACUGGAGUAUCAAGAAACAAAAAUGGCAUUGAAUAAAGUAAGAAAAGAUGUUGAACGUGAAGAAAAGAAGCUUAACCAUUUGGUCAGUAAUGCUAACAUCGAAUUGGAUCACAUUCGAUCAGAUUUACAUACCAAACAAAUUGAGUUGGAUGAUGCCACAUCUACAAUGAAUAAUCUGAAGAAAGAGUCCAAGGCUUUACAAAUGAAUGAAGAGAAAUUCAUUGAAAUGGAAAAGAUUAUGAAAGACCUCGAAAGAGAAAUACUGAGCAGGAACGAAGAAAAGAACGAAUUAUCCAAAGCUUUGUCAAGGUCAUAUGAAGAACUUCAGAAACAUAGAACCAAUUCUACCCAGGAGAAUGAAAAAAAUACCCGUGAACGUCUGAAUUUAGAGAACAAAAUUCAUGAUCUGAAAAAUCAGCUGGAAGCAGCCAAUCAGCUCCUAGUUGGUAAUUGCAUGUUGAAAAGUUUUGAAAAAUGCAUAAAAUCAAAGGAAAGGAAAACUAUGUCAAAGAGAGCAAAUUCACAAGUAACAGAACUGCAGUCCUUAGCUGAAGAACAUUUUAACAGAGCUAAUCGUCUAGAUGGAGAAUUGAGUCGAAUAAGAAAAGACAGGAAAGAUAUAAAAAGACAGUUACUAACCCAGAAUGAAAUAAGACAAAAAGAACAAGAGCUUGAAGAUAAACUCAGGCAUCUACAGAAAUUACAAACUGCUCUUCACUCUCCACGGUCAAAUGGCUUUGCAGACACCACAGAUGAUAGUAACAAACACACAGAUGACAAAGAUGACCUUGAUAUUCAUCUUGAGAAUCUGAAACAGAAUUUCCCACAGGUCAUAUCUGAAAACAAGGAGAAUAUUCAAACAGAUCUAAGAGGAAAGCUAACCGAAGAACAAGAUUAUUUAAGGUAUCAGCUUCAGCAGCAAAUGAAACGACAUGCCGAUGCCAUGGAAACAGCUAGGUUACAGUCAGAAGGAACGAUAGAAAGUCUGAGAGAUAAACUUAAUACUUUACAAGAGGUUUUAGUGAAUACGGGUGACUCUUCAGAUGACCAACGAAGAUCUACUAGAACAAGGACAAGGUCAUCAUCACCAGGCAAAUCUGUACUAGAUACAGCAAUGAUACUUGAUAGAAAUAGAUCGCCAAGUCCUGGCCAGUCACAACGUAGUUAUUCAGCACAGAGACAUCGAUCAAGGUCAACAGAUCGUGCACCUAGUCCACUAUUUCCUGACAGAGAAUUAUUAACAGCAUGAAGUUUAUGUGGGAACAAAAACAAACAUUUGCGUGUUGAUAGCUGACAGCAAUGACUUUAUGGUCAGUGGUACUGAUAGGCAGCAGACGUUCUGAAGUUAUGAUGGAAGUGCAUUUUUAUUUCGUUCCUCUCAGCAUUUAUCCCUAGCAAUGGUUGCAAGACAUUAUAAAAUGCUGGUUUUGCAACAUUUUCGUGAAAAGUUUCUGUGAUAUUUAUUUAUUCUUUUAUAUUUGUAUUUAUAUUUCUAGAAAAUUUACAUGUUUUCUUUUAGAAAGUCUUUGUCAUUUUAUAUAAACUUUUAACACUGAAAAUAUUCCGUCCAGAAUUUUUUAUGUUUAAUUAUACCACAUUUUUUAAGGUAAAAACUUUUUUUAGUUAUCAUAGAAGAUUUAUGCAAUGUAAAUAAAAUUUAAACAUCAAUACAAAAAUCAUAACACAGUAUUAUUCUCAUUGCAUAGUGAUUUAUAAGUUCUAGGAAUUUAUUUAUUUAUAUAGACAGAUUUCCAUACAUAGCAUGGAUGUUUGAAUAUUUAAUGCAUUUUAAUUAUUGAAUAUUUAAUGCAUUUUAAGUAAUUUUUGAAUAAAGAUUUGAUUUAUGAAUCUUUAAUAAUGCACAUUCAGUUUUCAAUUUUUUACCUAAAUUUUCUUCAACCUAUAUGGAUAAUUUAGAAAAGAAUAUAUAUUUUAGAAAAAACAAAAAAUCUACAGAGAUUGCUAUUUUAAAUGAUAUGGAUAUCAUUUUAGAUUUAAUGAAAUAAACCUUUUCAAAACAGUUUGUAUUUAAAAAUGUAAUAAAUGUAAUGUGCUUACGUAUUCCAUAGUGAAUUAAUUUAUGAUUUAUCUAUUUGUUUAGUGUUAGUGCCAAACGUACACAAGAUUCGAGCAUUCUAAAUAAAUAUUUAUUAUAUGUAA